AUGGCGGAUAAGUUAACCAGAAUUGCCAUUGUCAACGCCGACAAGAAAUGUCGACAAGAAUGCAAGAAGUCCUGCCCUGUGGUUCGAACGGGCAAACUCUGCAUCGAAGUCACUCCCGAAUCCAAAAUCGCUUAUAUCUCGGAACGUUUGUGCAUCGGUUGUGGUAUAUGCCCGAAAAAAUGCCCUUUUGGCGCCAUCCAUAUCAUCAACCUGCCGACAAACCUUGAGACGCAAGUCACCCAUCGAUACUCGGCGAACAGUUUCAAGUUGCACAGACUACCUAUGCCGCGUCCUGGACAGGUCCUGGGUUUGGUCGGGACCAAUGGUAUUGGCAAGAGUACUGCCCUGAAGAUUCUCAGUGGCAAGUUGAAACCGAACCUGGGAAGAUAUGACAACCCACCGGACUGGGAGGAGAUUUUGAAAUACUUCCGUGGCUCGGAAUUGCAGAACUACUUCACGAAGGUGCUUGAAGAUGACCUCAAAGCCAUUGUCAAGCCACAGUAUGUAGACCAACUCCCGCGAGCGAUCAAAGGCCCCGUCAAAACAGUUCUGCCUCUCAUUCAAGCGAAAUCUGAUAUGGGCAACUUGGACCAUGUUAUGGAUGUUCUCGAGUUGGGAGCGGUCGCAGAGCGAGAGAUCGGCCUUCUAUCUGGCGGAGAGCUGCAGCGAUUCGCCAUCGCGCUGGUCUGCGUGCAAAGAGCUGAUGUUUACAUGUUUGAUGAGCCGAGUUCGUACCUCGAUGUCAAACAACGUCUGAGUGCGGCCAAAACUAUUCGAGAACUUCUUCGGCCUGACGACUAUGUCAUUGUCGUAGAGCACGAUCUGUCAGUUUUGGAUUACCUCUCUGACUUCAUCUGUGUUCUUUACGGCAGACCUGCUGUCUACGGUGUCGUCACCCUCCCUGCGUCGGUUCGAGAAGGCAUUAACAUCUUCCUCGAUGGCAAUAUCCCAACGGAGAACCUGCGUUUCCGUGAGGAAAGCCUGACCUUCCGGCUUUCCGAAGGGGUGGAGGAGUACAUGAUUGACAAAAACCGUGGCUUUCAUUACCCCGCCAUGGAGAAGACGCUUGGAUCCUUCCACUUGAAAAUCGACAAAGGAACAUUCACCGAUUCCGAGAUCAUUGUCAUGAUGGGAGAGAAUGGAACGGGCAAGACGACGUUCUGUAAGAUGCUCGCCGGCGUUGAGAAGCCCGACGGUCUUCAGAAGGUCCCCCCGAUGAACAUAUCGAUGAAGCCCCAAAAAAUCACGCCGAGAUUCACAGGAACAGUCCGACAACUCUUCUUCAAACGAAUCAAGGCCUCGUUUCUCAGCCCUCAAUUCCAGAGUGACGUUGUCAAGCCUCUCAAACUCGACGACUUCAUCGAUCAAGAAGUCCAAAACCUCUCCGGAGGUGAACUGCAACGUGUUGCUAUCGUCCUGGCCCUAGGCCUUCCUGCCGACAUAUAUCUUAUAGACGAACCGUCGGCAUACCUCGACUCCGAACAACGUAUCAUCGCUGCCCGUGUCAUCAAGCGAUUCAUCAUGCACAGCAAGAAGACUGCAUUCAUUGUCGAGCACGAUUUCAUCAUGGCCACUUAUUUGGCCGACCGGGUUAUUGUCUUUGAUGGCAAGCCUUCGGUGGACGCUCGUGCAAACUCACCGGAAAGUUUGUUGACUGGAUGCAAUAAGUUUCUCAAGAACUUGGAUGUUACGUUCCGUCGGGACCCGAACUCCUACCGCCCUCGGAUCAACAAGUAUCAAUCCCAGAUGGAUCAAGAGCAGAAGCUCGCUGGGAACUACUUCUUCCUCGAAGAAAGUUGA